GGAUGCGAACAAAACUCAUCAAGAUCGAGAGAUGGAUUAGUGAACUUAGCCUUAUCCAAAGAACAAACCGCGAGGCGACCAUCCAACUCGGAGAAGACCAACAAAAGACGAAGUCGGACAUGUUGAAAAUCACCCAGGCACUGAACGAGAAAAUUGAAGAAACAAGACUCGAGUUUGAACGGGAAUUACGAAGCCUAAAGAAUAAUGAUUCCCACAACGAUUCCGUACGCAACCGAGUUGAUGAUUUGCACAGUGACAUGGAAGAAGGAAUAAAAUUAAUGAAAGAUCUGUCCGAUAAAGUCCAGAUAUUGGAGGGAAACAUGGACAGCUUGAAUGGAGAGGUCGAUUCUAUGAAACAGAACAUAGAUAUGCUAGUCGGCGAUUUGAAAGCGUUGAAGUGUUCUAUGGACAAUUUCAAAAAAGAAAAUGUAGAAAUGGAUAAAGUUCGAGCUAAAGAGCUGGAAAAUCUGCGUAAAGACGUAGAAAUUAUGAAAGAAAAUCGAUGUAGAUCUGAGGUAUUGGAAUGUUUUGCUGCAGUUCUACAUGACAAAUUUUUUGCUGAAGGAAACUACAACCAGAUUUUAACGGCGAAAUUCACCGCGAACCAAAAAGAAUUACACAUGGAAUUGAAAAUUGAAAUCAGUAAGCAUCCAGAUAAAUUCGAAUUUGUGAAAAGUACUGUUGAGGAGCAUGGAGAAUCUCCCAGUGUCGACGAUGUGAAACAACUGCUCCUGGAGCAGGCAACUACUCAUCCGGUUCUUGGAGCGAUGAUCGGAAACUACACAAAUCGCUUCAUGACUAAUAUCAACAAUAAUUCAAAUGUUCUGAUGUGAAGAAAAUUUUCUCGACUUGAUUUGAUCGCUAUAUAAUUCAUGUUAAACAAUGUACGUAAGCAAUCGCAUCGAAUUAUAAUUUAGCAUAAUGAUUUGUCAUGCUGAGUUAUUUUAUCUUUGCGUCUAUCCGUAAUUAGAUAUAUUUGUGCUAAAUUUUCGCCGGACUAUGAUGGAAAACGGUGCCUAAAAUCAUCGAAUUCUGAAGCCGGCGGUAGUGGCAUCGAGUUAUGUACCCGAUGCAACGUUACACCAUGUGUUACAAUAUCAAAGGCGCCUUAUGGAGGUGCCCGUUGAAGACUAAACAAGGUAGCUGAAAGUAUGAUGACAUGCAACAGUGUAGGCUACUUAUAAUCUGAGUGUUUUAAUAAGUAACCAAAAUAGCAUGAUUUAAACAAUUCUGUUUUCUGUCCGUAAAAUAAAAUUUUCUAUAUUUUUAAACAGUAGGUUAAUAUAAUAGUAGGCUUCAAUAUUUUUUACUCUUGAGUGUGAUCCUUGAAUUAGUGUUUUCUUGCAUAGACAAAAGUCUUUCAAUAUGACCAAGGCCGCGGUAAAACAAUGCCUGCAUGCCGCGAGGCAUCUUUAUAGGGUUUUAUUGAUAAACUUAGACUAAUUAAGUUAAACAAUUUUUCUAGACGUUGUAUACUUUGUGCAAUCUUUUUUAUGAUUUGCAAUAAAUGGCAUAUCGUUA